AUGAUUAUCAGCGACAUAAGUAGCAAAAAGGACCUACUUGCCAAGACUCGUGUCGAGCAGCUCACAGGAGCGCACCGAACCAACGUCAUUCUCACCGCCGCAAACUACAAUCCUAUUGCGUCCCACGGCAGCGGCGCCGUGACAGCAUCGCUCGAAAUUCAUUGGCGCAGCGGACGCAAAAGUCGCGGUCAUUGGGUGGAAGAUCUCGACAGACUGACAACGUGA